GCAGCGGAAAAGUUUUGGUGUGGGGGGCCAGAGGUGCGGAGAGGGAUUAUGAUUCGUGCCGGCGAGGGACUCCCAGAUAUCGCCAGGAAGGCCGGAUCGGACAGAUAGAUGAUAUGAGGACUUCGUGGACUUCAGAGAGCUGAGUGUAACACUGAGACUUCAGGGAAAAGAAACAUUAUCCCUCCAAGCGACUCAUACAGACGGCUUUUGGUGGCUUUAAAUUAACCUGUUGCUCAUCUGCGAAGGCACAACUGUUAUUUUGUUCAGCACACAUGGAGGAAGGCAACAAACUUUGUAACCCUGGCUAAUAAGACUGUGGCUUCCUUAUCAAACGUAGGAGGUAGGCCAAUUAUAAGAGGAUUAUUUCAUACUUACUCUCCAGGACUUUAACUCUGGCCUGAACACUGGACAUAAAUAGAAGGCAAUUUUAAUGACCUGAAAUUUUGCUACCUGUGCUUUAUUAUUGUUAUCAGUUCUUUAACACUUUGGUACUUUAUUUCUUUAAAUUAGAAAUGGGUUCAUGGACUAGAACGUGUCCCAAAGAUUGGGCUGUUCUCAUGAAAUCAUGGCUGAUCUUUUCCCUGGGGCUUUACAUGCAGGUCUGCAAAACUUUGGCCUGCCCAAAAGUGUGCCGCUGUGAUCGAAACUUUGUCUAUUGUAAUGAGCGAAGUUUGACCUCAGUGCCUCUUGGGAUACCAGAGGGUGUGACUGUCCUCUACCUCCAUAAUAACCAAAUUAAUAAUGCUGGAUUUCCUGCGGAGUUGCACAAUGUUCAGUCUGUGCACACAGUCUACCUGUAUGGCAACCAAUUAGAUGAAUUCCCCAUGAACCUGCCCAAGAAUGUCAGGGUUCUCCACCUGCAGGAAAACAAUAUUCAGACCAUUUCUCGGGCAGCCCUUGCUCAGCUUUUGAAGCUGGAAGAGCUGCACCUGGAUGAUAAUUCCAUCUCCACUGUUGGUGUCGAGGAUGGAGCAUUCCGGGAAGCCAUCAGCCUCAAGCUUCUGUUCUUGUCCAAGAAUCAUUUAAGCAGUGUUCCAGUAGGCCUUCCGGUGGACUUACAAGAGCUUCGAGUGGAUGAGAACAGAAUUGCUGUCAUUUCAGACCUGGCCUUCCAGAAUCUGACAAGUCUGGAGCGUCUGAUUGUGGAUGGCAAUCUCCUUACAAAUAAAGGCAUAGCUGAUGGCACCUUCAGCCACCUCUCCAAGCUCAAGGAAUUCUCAAUAGUACGGAACUCACUGACCUACCCUCCUCCUGAUCUUCCAGGUACACAUCUGCUGAGGCUCUACUUGCAGGACAACCAGAUAACUCAUAUACCGCUUACAACUUUUUCUAACCUCCGCAAACUGGAACGCCUUGAUAUUUCCAACAAUCAACUUCGGAUGUUGGUGAAGGGGGUGUUUGAUAACCUCCACAACCUGAGGCAACUCACUGUAAGGAAUAAUCCCUGGUUGUGUGACUGCAGUAUCAAGUGGGUCACCGAAUGGCUCAAAUUUAUUCCCGCUUCCAUCAAUGUACGGGGUUUUAUGUGCCAGGGACCAGAGCAGGUCCGAGGUAUGGCAGUCAGGGAGCUCAAUAUGAAUAUGUUGUCAUGUCCCACCACUACCCCUGGUCUGCCACUGAUUGUCACCCCAGUCCCAGCUACAACCAUGCCAACUACAUUAGUUCCCAUCUCAUCGGUUCCUCCCCCAGGUAGCAAAUACAAUCCUCUCAUUCCUACCUUAGCCACACUCCCCACUGUGCCUGACAGGGAAGACAGAGAAAAGGUUACUCCUCCGAUAUCUGAGCGGAUUCAACUCUCCAUCCAUUUUGUGAAUGACACUUGCAUCCAAGUUAAUUGGAUGUCUGUCUUUACCGUGAUGGCAUAUAAACUCACAUGGGUUAAAAUGGGCCAUAGUCUGGUAGGAGGAAUUGUUCAGGAAGAAAUAGUUAGUGGUGAUAAGCAACACUUAAGCUUGGUAAAUCUGGAGCCCAAAUCCACCUAUCGGAUUUGCUUAAUUCCCCUGGAUACUUACAACAGUUACCGAACUGGAGAAGACACUGUCUGUUCAGAAGCCACAACCAAGGCAUCGUUUUUGAGCAAUGGCAGCAACAUCCCCUCCAGCCAUGAGCAGACAACUUCUCAGAACCUGGGCUCCCCAUUUCUGCUGGCAGGGUUGAUUGGGGGUGCAGUGAUUUUUGUCCUUGUGGUCCUGCUCAGCAUUUUUUGCUGGCACAUGCACAAAAAAGGGCGUUACACCUCCCAGAAGUGGAAGUAUAACCGAGGCCGUCGGAAAGAUGACUACUGCGAGGCAGGGACCAAGAAGGACAACUCCAUCCUGGAGAUGACAGAAACCAGCUUCCAGAUUGUCUCCUUAAAUAAUGAUCAGCUCCUUAAAGGAGAUUUCAGACUGCAGCCCAUUUAUACCCCAAACGGGGGCAUUAACUACACAGACUGCCACAUCCCCAACAACAUGCGAUACUGCAACAGCAAUGUCUCAGACCUGGAGCACUGUCAUACGUGAUAGUGUGGGCAGCUGGGGGUGUCUAGGUCAAAGAGAAAGAACUCUGAAAAAAGAUAACUCCUGAAAAACAAUGAAAAAAAAUUACAUUUGAUAAAUGUUACACAGAUGCAUUUAUGCAUUUGAAUACUCUGUAAUUUAUACGGUGUACUAUAUAACGGGAUUUAAAAAAGAAGUGCUAUCUUUUCUAUUUCAAGUUAAUUGCAAAUGGUUUUGUAACUCUUUGCUUUUUAAAUCUUUAAAAAAUAUUGCUAAGUACUGUACAGGGUUGUACAAUAAGAACCCAAUGUCAUGGCAAAGGAAAGAAUGACUCAUUCUUCAAACAUUAACCACUUUGCUGUCGAAGCUGUCUGAGGGAUGUUAAGUUUCUCAGUGUCCUGCAGUACAGGAAAAUAAGUGCAUAUUAAAACAGGGUCACUAGGAAUGGACAAAAGUGAUUCAGAUAAAAUGGGUACGACCCUUCUGAUUUGGGCACAGCAGUUGCUGUUGUGCUUCAAACAAUUAGAAACAUUUCCCUUCCCCUUUGUCACUUCUUCAUUUCCUACCUCCAACUGAGAGCCAGAGUUCUGAGUGCUACCAAAAGGCUAGUUUCUUCUUUGAUUAGUUUUCUCUCAAUAUGUUUGGAACAGGAAAGGUAGGCAGAGCUCAGUGUCAAAUUUAAAGUGACCUUGAUUCCUAUUUGCAAAAGCUACUCUGAAAAUAUCCUCUAAUACUAUAUACUUUUAUGAUAGAAACUGUUCCUGUUUUUCAUUACAAUGAAGAAGCUUUAGGCAUUCUUUGACCCUUCUCACUGGGAGAUGAAGGUUAUCAGUAUGUAACAGAUAGCUGUCAUUAAGUUGCACCUCUCUUUAAUGGAGCAGCAUUUGUUGACACAGCAUGUUCAGGUAAAGCUUGAAUGAGGAAAAUUCUGAGUGCUCCCAGCUCUGCAGUAUUCAUGUAGAAUUUGGAAUCUGAAAGUGUAAAUUGCUGAAAAUAUGAUGCAAAACAUGGUGCAAAUGAAAGGGUUGCUAUUGACUUUUAUGUAGAUCAAGAACAGUUUGAUUCAGGUUUCUGAGUUAUGUUCAGUAUGGAGAAGUACAGGGAAAAAAAGACAAUCAGAGAAAACAAAAAAAGGUUUUCUAAAAUUGGAUCCAUUAUUGGAAAGGCCUCCUGUUAUGAGCUGAAAUACAUUCAUUGGGGGAAAUCAUGUGUAAAUCCUGGUUGUGUUUUGAUAACAUACAGCAUAACACAGUGUUCAGAGAUAGAUAUUAACUAAGGAUCUGAUCAGUUGAGGAAUUUUAAGAAUAUAAAUCUACACUGUUGCUCUGAAUUACCCUUCUUUUGCCUUGAGCUUUUGGAGGUUUUCCACAAUGAACUGCGCUUCAUAAGCGGUAGGUAGGCUUAGAAUUUGGGUGGGUUUUUUAUUCCCUCAGAUUCUUUAACUGGAAUAACUUUUGAGUCCUUAUGUUUUACAUGCUUUAUAGGAAUCAUGAUGCUUUUAUUAUGACCAGGAUGAUGCUUUCAAAAUGAUAUAGUAUUCCAGCCAGUCCAUUGACUCGGUGACUGCCAAGAACUCUGGAUUUCUUGCCAGCCCAGUGGUUGGAUUCUAAUUCUUCCCUUCUUUGAGUUUGUUUGGGUUUUGACACAGCUCAAUUUCUCCUGAGCUUGGGAGAAAGAAAAAGCUUCACAAUAAAGAGCUAAAAAAAAAAAGAGAGACAGACAACAUUUUCCUGAGGGAGUAGGGAACCAAAAAGAAAACAUUUUACAGUGACCAACUAGAGACAAGGAGAAGUAGUUGGAAGUAGAUUGGAAGUAAAGGCUGAAACAUUUUCACUGUGGAAUGCUUGGACUUUUCACUUUAUGAGGCUACUUAUGUUGGGAGAGAGGGUUUUAAUCCUUUCCUUUGCCCAUUCCACUCAAACCAAUUUGAUAUACAGCAGUCUAUGGGUGUGCAGUUUCUGACAUUCAAAUCACAUCAUAACAUUCAUUUCCUGCUAUGGCAAAAUGAAUCCAGUUAUUAUUGGUGGCAAAGUACAAUCAUAUAAGGAACGACAUCCUUCUUUCAACAACUUUUAUAAUUGCAUUUUGAAAUUCCAUUCUAUAUUCUGUAUAUUUUCUAUUUUCUCUGGCUAUAACAGGUAUUUUAGGCAGCCUGUGUGGCUACUGUUAUGUUAAAGUCACUGAAAUUUUGCUAAAUAAAGUUCUGCCUUAUGAUUUCAAAUGGUGUAAUUCUAGGUAGAAAUGUCUAUGCAAAGUGUUGGGUUUUUUUUCCUGUGCUCUAUUUACUAAAGAUUAUGAUGAGAAGGUUGAUACUUUUGUUCAUUUAAUGCUUUAGAUGUCAAAGUCCACAAGACAAGCAGCAGCUAGUUGUGCUUCUGCACGCUUCCAUUGCAUGCUGGAGUUUGAAAUAGUUGAGUCAGAAAUUCUCAUUGGGUGUGGAUACCGUAUUUAAUUUCACUGAAAUAACUAGUUGUAGCUUUGAUUUCAAAAGGCAUCCUUUGAAAUUAUGUUCGUGCUACACUUUCAUGCUUCAAUAUUUGAUGCUGGAGGAAUCUUUAUCCUUCUUGAUCGAUAUCUUCUAGGCCUCAGGAUACCAUAAUUUCUUGAUGCCAGGCACCUUAUUUAUAGCCAAUUACUUAUUCAGGAAGUUUGUCUGUACUACAGGUGAAUGAUCCCUAAGCCCAAAAGGAUGACAACAAAUGUGGUUACUGUCCUAACAGGGUGAAACUAGAAGGCAUUCUCAAACUGUGGUUUUUGGUCUCAGGUGAUGAAAUAUAUAUGUAUAUAUAUGUGUAUAUAUAUAUAUGUGUGUAUAUGCACACACACAUAUAUUUACCUAGAUCAAAAAUCAAAAUGAUAAUUAAAAUAGCAUAGUUUGUGCUUCCUUUCAGUGUGAAGACUAAUAUAAAUAUUGAUAUGAGAUACUGACAAAGUUUCCUUUCUCUAAAUGCUCUUUUAAGAGAAAAUAGCAGGCCUCUUCUACCAAAAUUUGUGGAUAGAAUUGAGAGUAUUAUCUUAGAAAAAUCACAGUUGUAGCCAAAGGAAGGGGUGAAUGUUUCAUUUAAAGAAUAUUUCUCCCAGAUCUAAUUGCUACCCAGCUACAAAAGAGUUAAUAUAAUUCAACCUGCAACAGAGUCUGGGACUCUUCUUAGUGCCAGUCAUAUAAAUAGCUGAGACUUCAUUUCUGAUCACAUCUAGACAAAUACAUAAUAGGCAAAUUUUUAUUAGAAAAUGAAUUAAAAGUGGACAGUUAUCUUCUGCAAAUGUGAAGUUUAAGAUUAGUAGCUUUUCCCAUGGGCUUAGUGAAAAUGGGGUCCCCACUUUUACCAAGGUUAUCAUCACUCACUGUGAAUAUCUGGCCACAGAUACUAAAGGCUUUAGAGCAGAAGUCCCAAAUGUAUGCAUAGACAAGUCAUCCAAAAUGUUCUCUUCCAGUUCCUGAAUUGAACAGGUUCAUUAGAACUGGGGGCAAAUGAGUGGUUUACAGAGAAAAUCUCACCCAUCUUCCAUUGUAUACUUCUAAUAGCUGACAAAAAUGUACAGAAAAAAUAGGUGAAUGGAAUAAAAUAAUAGUUUUCAGUGAAGUUAUGUUGAAGCAGUAUCAUAGCACUGCUAUGUCCAGUGACUGGGUUCCUUCUGAAGACACAUUUAUUUACAAAUAGGUCCUCAUUUCCACAGAUUCUGUCACUAUAAUAUGUUUGCAUGUAGCUUGCUGGCAGAAACAAACACCUGAUCAGUGCAUGGAUUUUAUAUUUACAGGUUCUUACUUGAGAUACUGUUACUGAAUUCCUUCAUAAGGAUAUUUAGAGAUUGAGUUACUUCGGACUGAAAAGAUACUAGCCAUUCUCCCUGUAAGCCCAUGAAGGACUACAAUGAAUGUCAUGUAAUACAGAAAAAUGAAAUAGCAUAUGCUGUUUCCUACUAGAGUAGUUCAACUCUAUUUUUCUGAGUCGAUUUCUCCUGAGCAACAUGUAAAUUUUAAUUUUGCAAGCAAUAGAACUUAAUGAAUAUUGUAUUGUUCUUGUGGUUUUAAGGCACUUUAUUAUUGGCAUUGAAGUGAAAGUUCAGUCUCAGCUUUUGACAGUGAAGUGGUUAAUUCCCAUUGAAUUUUCUAUUUAUAGUAUUCAUCUUAAAUUUAACAUGGAGAUAUUGAAGUUGGUUUUGUUUUUUUUUUUUCUUUAGACCAUGAGAAUAUAAUGGCUUUACUUAUUACUUAUAUUUCCAGCUCAGUGGAAAAACAAAACAGAAAUGAGUGUCCAGCCCAAAGUUUAACCCUAAGUUACUGGUUCUAAGCCUCAUCAAAUUCUUCCUGAUGCUUUCUUCUAAACACAGAGGUAAUCCUAGGAAGCUGAUGAUCACUCCUUCCCUGAGCUCUUCUGUUCAGAUCAUACUGUGGGCAAUAUUGAAACACUUGGCAGAGAAUGUCCUGCUUUUCAAAAGGGCUCUGGCUGGCAGUCCAUCUGGAAAAGUAGUGCAAAAGAGCUUUCGCAGGCUUUUAUUGUACUGGGGCUCUGUGGAAAUGUGCCUCACAGAGAGCUGAAUUCUGAUCUCAGAAACAGAUAAACUGCUAAACAAAUUGAUUUGAUCCCAAAUAUCUGGAGAUGAUCUUUCAUAAAAUUGAUUUUAAUUGAGACAUGCACACUUGGUUCUGUUCUGUUUGGUAUACUUUCUAUCUUGAACAUGGAAAAAUAGAUGGUUUGAAGUCUGCAUUAUCUGUUUUCUGCAAUCUGCCAUGUUGCACGCAUUGUUAAACUUCAAAACCUCACUAUACACUAUAUAUUAUCUUGUUGACAUAUUCAGUAAAGAGUUAUUCCAAAAAAUGCAAAAAUCCUGCUGUAUUUAUAUGGGUAAGUUAAUUAAAAUAAGGAUGUGAAUAUCUGAAAGGGAAAACAGAAAAACAAAAUAUCAAAAUCUUUUGUACUUUCGUUGCUGGAUACAUUUUCAUAUGUUCUACUGUAUGUCCACCCUCUCUUCACAUUCUGAAAGACAAAUAUUUUUGUCAUCUAUCUCUGAGUUACACAGUAUGUUCCUUCCAUUUCUCAGACUUAAUCUUAUCUUUAAGAUUACCUCAUUCUGAUAGGCGUAUAGGAAAGCACUGUAACCAAGAACAGAUUGUAUUCCAGUGUUUGGAGUUUAUAAGUACACUCAAGCAGCUCCACGUCUAUAACAAAAAAAAAUAUAUAUGUGGAAGCUGUGACCCAUUAUAUGCACAGUUAUUUGAUAAAUGCAUUUGAAAUUAAUCACUGACAAUCUUAAACCUGCCUUCUACCUGCUAUCUAUUUAAUCUGUUACCAGGAAGCAAAGUGUGAUUUUUUUUUUUUCCCUCCAGUUCUCCCUUUUAAAUGGUUCUUGAAUUUUCAGAAUGCACAACAUUUGAAUAUAGGCCUUAAUAAAAUUUUGUAUAUCUUACACCUAGCAUAUAUGGUAAUAUAUACACUACAUAGAAAGAGAUGCUUCAUCUACUUAGAAAUUAAAAUUACUCCUCUUCUAAUUUCAUAUACAAGAACUAAGUUUUGGCUUUUGCCAGAAACUGAAAUAUUGAAUGUCACAAGCUGUGCCACUUCAAAGCUUAGAAAUGUAAUACUGCUGAGUGUCACAGUUCCUCUAUAAUUUGUCUCAUUCUCUGUCUUAACCCUGAAUAUCAAGAAAAACUACCAAGAGCUGCUGUGCAGUACAUCCACAUCUAGAUCCCUCCUUUUGUAUGCUUCCCUGAACUUGGCAUUUCUUCUGAGUCUAAUUAGACCCUGGUAAUUAAACCUUCUUGCCUGAGAGCACUUAAAAUAAUUUGUGUGUUUCUGGGAAAAAAAAAAAAAAAAAAAAGGUUGGAAUCAUCAUUUUCAAUUGAUGAUUUGAUUUUAUCUUUUAAAAAAAAUAAAUUGACAAACACUGACUAUUUCAGCAGAAAAGUUUUAGUUAUGACAAAUGACUUAUCUUGGUAGAGAUGAAUCUUUAUUUUUUAUAAGCCCAAGAUCAGCUAUCUAGAGAUGUUCACACAUAUGUGCAUGUGUGUAUAAAUUCCUGGGGUUGUAUGUAGAGCAUUUAGCCUCACAGGAACUCCCAAAGCAAGAAUGUGAAAGAGUAUUUUUCAUUAUUGAUCAGUCAAUAUUUUUCAGUCCUUUCCUUUCAGAAGAGUUAUAUCUAAGAAGAGUUAAAGUGCCACGUGGAGAAACUGGAUUCCAUUAUGAAAAUAUGAAGCAAAAGCUUUAAUUUUACUUGAAGUGCCAGCUGUCAGUGAAAGCUCAGAAUACUUUUAUUACAUGAGUAGAGACCUGGGGAUUUUUUUUAAUAAUUAUUUGCAUCUGGUGAAAUCCUGACCUUAGAGGUUGUGUGUGGGAAGGAUUCUUGAAAACAUGCAGCAUGAUGCAUACAUAACAUGUCACACUAUGUAUCCCCAAGUGAAACACCUCAACUGAGCAAGGCAGUAGGUCUAUGUUUCCCUUUUGAUAAGGUAGAUGAGCAAUGAAAGAGACUUCACAGAAAAUGAGGGAGAAAAAAAACACCUAGAGAGCAACACUAGUUGUGGGGUCUCUCAUUCUAUGGAGCCUUUCAAGGCCUGUCUGGACGUGUUCCUCUGUGAUCUGUGUUAGUAUUGCCCUGAUCUGGCAGAGGGGUUGGACUCAGCAUCUCCUUGGGUUCCUUCCAACCCCUAACAUCCUGUGAUCCUGUGAACACUGUCUGAAGUAAAGCCUGCAAACAGGCUGAGCAUAGCAAGAGCAUAUUUUUUUUAAUAUAAAUAAACAUGCACAUUAUCUGCUUACCACUCUGUAUCAUGAUUCACAUAUGUGACAGUACAAAUGCAUGAAUUAAGAGUUUAUAGAAUAGUAACACUUUGGAGGGGCUGUCUUCUAUAGAAUAAGAAUCCUGACUCUUUACGCUGGGUCUGUUACUUAUUUUCCUCUGUAUCGAAAGAUUUCAUAUACAGAAGAAGCAACAAAAGAGUAAUGAAAAGUCAUGCUGAUUGCAUUAUCCUGCUUUUCAAAGUGUAGAAUGCCUUGAAGAAUGGAGACAGUGUAUAAAUGAUCAUGUAAAAUCCAACUUGACUGCACAUAUGUGUUUACAACUUUAACACACUCCAUGGAAAAGUGAGAAGUUUCUCUGAUGACUGCUAGUUAAGAGUACUAAGCUGAACACAACCAUCAUUUAAAAGUGCAAUUGCCAGAAAGAUUCUGUUCAAAUAGUGUAUUUUUUUGAGUGAAAGCACCAUUUCCACUGCUCUACACUUUCUGAGCUAGUGGUCACAAGUAUAAAUAAAAUUCUUUGUAAUGAGGAUUGAA